GGACAAACUAAAUAAGAAAGCAUCAAUGGCUUCGUCAGACUACAGCUCAAGUCUAAACUCAGAGUCUGCUCUUGACAUUGAAGACGGAAUGAAGAAAAUUAAGCUGCCGGAUAUUGAUGAAGAAGAGGAUUAUAGUGAAAGUUCGAAAGCAGAAGAUAAUGACUCUUUUGAUAUUGCAUCAGCUGAUAUUUUCUCCCUAGCUCGAAACAGUAAGACACAAACUCUACAAACUGCUUUAAAGAUGGGGAUAGAUCCAAACUCUAAAGAUAAAUUUGGGAAUACAAUUCUCAUAAUAGGAGCUCAAAACGGUGACAAAAGUAUUGUAAAAUCUGCUCUGAGAUAUGGUGCACACAUCAACGCAGCAAAUAAGAACGGAAAUACUGCAUUACAUUAUUGCUACGAGUACGACUACAUAGAAUUAGCAGAGUACCUAAAAAGUAAGGGAGCUAUGUCUAAAGUAAACAAAAUGGGAAUUAUGCCUGAACUUGGCAUCCGAAAACCGAUCGAAGACUACUUUGAUCUCAAACAAUACGAUUAA